CCCCCCCCCCCCUCUCCCCCACGAACGCAUAAAGCCUCGCUACGAGCAGCAGCAGCUACGCUACGCUACGCACGAUGGCCGCAUCUGCCGCCUGCGCCGCCUUCUUCUUCGACGCCGAGCCGCUCGGCGAGCCCGGCGUGCCGGCGCUGGACGCGUGCGCGCUCUGCGCCAAGCGGCUGGGGCGCGGCAGCGACGUCUUCAUGUACAGAGGGGACACGCCCUUCUGCAGCGAGGAGUGCCGCGGCGAGCAGAUGCAGCUCGACGCCGCCCGCGCGAGGAGGUCCGCCGGCCGGAGGCAGCAGCAGUACUCGUCAGGAACGGGCUCUCCUCGUAGGGGCCAGGACUCAAGGAAGGUGUCCGUGGCGAGCUGACCGGCUAGAAGGAGGGCCUAGCUAGCUGAGGUGUUGGAUUCGUUCCAGCUUCUUCCAAGAAGAUCCGGAGAACCGCCGGCCGGUCUGAUGGCACAAAAGAUGAUAGGAACUCCAAUUCUCCGCACGACCUGUCCGGCAUGCCGAGCCAGCUUGAGCAAGGCUUAAGAUUAUGUCCGUCGGCGCCGCACGAGGAUCGUAAAAGUUCAACAGUUCUUUGCAUCAGACUUCGCCAUCUCAAUCUGAGCCGCCCACCGAUGCAAUAGCCCUGGGCGUGCGUUCCAUGUGCUGGUGUGAGUUUGAGGCUUUGAGCCACAUUGUAACACCUCCUUGUAAACUGAAGCAUUCUCCAAGUUUUGUUUCAAAUACUGAGCAACUUUUUAGGAAAACCAAAGUUACCAAACAA